GAAUGAAACGGCAAGUGAGGCGUUCGCCUGCAUGCUGUGCUCAUCUCUCUGACUGUGCGAGUGAAGGGAAAUCUGACUGGAGGCUCAGCAUAGCGAGAGUCACUCUGACACUCACCGGGAGUGCCUUUGGGAGAGAAGGUGGGGGGUUGUUUGCGGAGUGAGGUGGGUCAGUCAAGCAGUGGUUCAUGGUGGGGGGGGGGAGCCAGACAAGAGGAGAGAGCAGUUUUCAGCCCUUCUGAAUCUUUCAUAAGGAAGAUCCUCCAACAUCAGCCUACCUGGACUGAGAGAGUUGGUGCCGAGGUGUGCACUUAGCAGACACUCAGGAGGCAUAAAGGAAAAAGGACUUUACAGCAGAGGAACAUGGUCAACGGGAAGAGGAAUUUUCAGCUUGGGUUCAUGUCAUAGAGGUUUUCGAUCGGAGAAGAUCAAGAUGAAGACCCUGGCAUGAGUCGACAAAAAGGAAAAGGUAAAGGACGCUGCAGCAAGCUGACUAAUCCUUAGAUCCUUGGAGAACCGGGUAAGCGGCAAAGAACAAAACCAGAAACAAAGCAUCAGAAUGGCAUAGCAGAGCUUGUAUUCUCCAUCCAUGUCAUGCCAUGCUUACCUGUUAUUCAUAUAAUCAAAGGCAGUCUGCUGUGUAUGACUGACUGGGGCAGGAUCUGGACAUAAUUUGGCUGAGUUUGACAGGAAUAGAACUCGGAGAACUCGACCCCAGCCUGCAGGCAUGUCAUCCAACGAGCUGAGCGUUGAGAUGGACUCCUGCAUUCGGACAUUCAAGGAGCACAUGCACCUGGAGCUGGAGCCUCCCAAAAUGCCAGGUGUGGUUGGAGGCAAGAGGGGCGCCACGUCACCCAAGCUGUCCCCGAGAAGCUCCCCGCGCCUCUUCCGCAAGCUGAUGGUGAACAAAAGCAUCCGACAGAGGCGGCGCUUCACUGUGGCUCACACCUGUUUCGACGUGGAGAAUGGCCCUUCUGCCAGCUGCAGCCCUCUGGACCCCCAGGCCUCCCCCGGCUCGGGUCUGGUCCUUCACACCAAUUUCCCCGGACACAACCAGCGGCGAGAGUCUUUCCUUUACCGCUCAGACAGCGACUACGAGCUGUCGCCCAAGUCCAUGUCACGAAACUCCUCAAUCGCCUCUGAACUACAUGGUGAUGACCUGAUCGUGACACCCUUUGCUCAGGUUCUGGCAAGCCUUCGAAGUGUAAGAAAUAACUUCACCGUCCUCACCAAUGUCCAGUGUGCCUCCAGCAAGAGGUCUCCUGCAGCAUCAACUCAGCCUCCAAUCACCAGAGUUUGUCUCCCAGAUGAGGCGUACCAGAAACUGGCCGUGGAGACGAUGGAGGAGCUGGACUGGUGUCUGGACCAGCUGGAAACCAUCCAGACGUAUCGCUCUGUCAGUGACAUGGCCUCAAACAAGUUCAAGAGAAUGUUGAAUCGGGAACUGACGCACCUCUCUGAGAUGAGUCGGUCUGGAAAUCAGGUUUCCGAAUUCAUCUCGAACACCUUCCUAGACAAACAGAAUGAAGUGGAGAUUCCGUCGCCGACGUCCAAAACACGAGAAAAGAAGAAGCAGCAGCAGCAGAAGCAGCAGCUGAUGACGCAAAUCAGCGGCGUCAAGAAGGUUUCUCACGGGCCCCUGCUCUCCAGCAGCAGCAUAUCUCGCUUCGGCGUCAAAACCGAUAAGGAGGAACUGCUGUCCAAGGAGCUGGAGGAGCUAAACAAGUGGGGGCUGAACAUCUUCACUGUUUCGGAAUACUCCAACAACCGACCACUCACCUGUAUCAUGUAUGCCAUCUUCCAGGAGCGAGACUUAUUAAAGACAUUUAAGAUCCCGGCGGAUACAUUUGUUGCCUACAUGAUGACACUGGAAGAUCACUACCAUUCAGAUGUGGCCUACCAUAACAGUCUGCACGCUGCCGAUGUAGCACAGUCCACACACAUACUCCUCUCCACUCCUGCUUUGGACGCGGUGUUCACAGAUCUUGAAAUUCUUGCAGCCAUUUUUGCUGCUGCUAUCCACGAUGUAGAUCAUCCUGGAGUAUCGAACCAAUUCCUAAUCAAUACAAACUCUGAGCUGGCACUGAUGUACAACGAUGAGUCAGUAUUGGAGAACCAUCAUCUGGCUGUGGGCUUCAAGCUGCUACAGGAAGACAACUGUGAUAUCUUCCAGAACCUCACCAAGAAGCAGCGACAGUCCCUGCGCAAAAUGGUCAUUGACAUGGUUUUGGCCACAGACAUGUCCAAACACAUGAGUCUGCUGGCCGAUUUGAAGACCAUGGUGGAGACGAAGAAGGUCACAAGCUCUGGAGUGCUGCUACUGGACAACUAUACAGACAGGAUACAGGUGCUGCGUAACAUGGUGCACUGUGCUGACCUGAGCAACCCCACAAAGCCUUUAGAGUUGUAUCGUCAGUGGACCGACAGGAUAAUGGAGGAGUUCUUUCAUCAGGGAGACAGAGAGAGGGAGAGGGGCAUGGAGAUCAGCCCCAUGUGUGAUAAGCACACAGCUUCUGUGGAAAAGAGCCAGGUGGGUUUCAUUGACUACAUCGCACAUCCUCUUUGGGAAACCUGGGCAGAUCUGGUACAUCCUGAUGCUCAGGAUAUUCUGGACACAUUGGAGGAUAACAGGAACUGGUACCAGAGUAUGAUACCUCAGAGUCCUUCGCCACCCUUCUACGACCAGGGCACCCAUGGACACAGUGGAGGCACAGGAGGACAGGGAGGAGGAGAGAAGUUUCAGUUUGACGUAACAUUGGAGGAAGAGGACUUGGACGGAAUCGAAAGAGAUGGCGAAGGGGAGGACGAGGAGGACGAGGUGGACAGUCUUGCGGACUCUCCUCCCCCGGACUAUUUGGACAAUCAAGCAUCGGAGGACAACGAGAUGGUUGAGCCCAUGACGGCGAUAGAGAUCGUGACCCAUGAGGCGUCACCCACAGACACAUAGGGCUUCCAUGACCAGGAUCGUACGGUGAAUUCUUUGGAAAGGAGGGAGAUCCUCAUGCAGCAGUGCUUUUAAUUGAGCCCACGCAGGCAAGGGCUUAGAUUCGGCCCACGAGAGGCAUACUUGGGUGUUUGGAGCAGGAAAUGGACAAACAGUUUCCGAGGUGGCUUCACAGUUCUCAGGAAUUUACUAAUGCGAACAUUUUUGUCUGGAUGGACACGCAAAAGUAGAAACUUGAAGGAUUUCCAUCAGUUUGGAAAACGGUUUCCUUUUCUGGACUGGUAUUUAAUGGACAUUGACACUACUGAGAGACAUUUUGUAUCUUUAGAAUUUUGUUUUUAUACAGAUUUGAUCUAGAAGUAGAAUAGAAUAAGAUCUGCUGAUGGAGACACAUUUGUACAGCCAGAGAAAGUGUUUACUUUUUCUGUACCAUUUGUCAAAGGACUUUUGUGUGCCUUUUUUACUCGUCUUUAUAUAUUUUUUUAUUUAUUGAACGCUCUAGUAUGUCUGAUUAUUUUCUUUUCCCUUAAGAAAAACAACAGAAAAUCUUUUUGUACAUCAAAAAGAUCGGUCUUCCAUGUAUUGGGCAAUAGAGAAAUCCAAAUGUAGAGAAACAAAUAUAUAGACUAUAUAUGUGUGCGGGUGUGGGGGGGUCUUCAUGAAUUGUCACCCCAUUUUUUUUUUACAUACAUGUUUCUGUUAUACGUUUGUUUCUGACUAUAAUAAUGAAAUUCACUGAUUAAUACACAUCCUAAACAAACAAAAACAACAUUUCAUUUGCUAUUAGAACCCAGAGUAGAUUAAAAAACCAAACAUCUUUGCAAAAUCCUGCUGUCUGGAUCACUGAUCAAAGAGGAAAUUAUGACCGCUAAAAUCCCAUCUGUCAGUCUAUUUUUGGCCAACAGGUAUGUUUCAGUCCUAAUAAUCCUGUUAGCUGAAGCAGGUUCUGGCUGCAGGUCCGUAUGAUGUAACUCUCCUCGCUCUUGAGCAAUCAGGCCCAAACUGUUUGAUAAAAGGUACUUUCAGAGCCGCCUGUCUGAAAGGCGCUCUCAGACCGUUGUGAGCUCCCAUUAAAAACCUGUCUGGGCUCCACGGACAUGACCUUAAAACAAUCAGGACAGCUAUUUUCUACCUAGCAACUAAAAUUCCCCACAAGUGACGUCAAUUCAACUUUUUGUACUACUGCAGAACAAUUGGGAUCAUACGGCUUUUGCACAUGGGAAUUCAAUAAAACGUGAUUUAUUGUGGAUCUUUGGUGAGACCUUCAAUUCCUAGAAAGACGAAAAAAUAUUUUUUAUAGUAUAACGAUAGAUCUCCUUUUCAUCUUUUGAAACUUGACAGUAACCUGCAAACCUUCGUUUUUGCUCCCAUGAUUAUUUGAUUUUUUUUUUUAUUUUUGGUUAUUCACAUUUCUGCGUUUUCACAAAGGUUUACUGACACUCAGAAGGUACUUAUGUUUCCUAAAGCAUGCUUAAGUGGCAAUCAUUCGUGCGCAUUAUGUCUGUCGUUGAAAGUGGAAGCGUGUCUUUUGGUGUAUGUCUGGAUCAAGCCUAAUCCCCAUCACUCCACACUUUUGUCUCUGCUGUUUGUUGCCAGGAGCUCAAUUUGGUCCUUUUUGCUGUUUAUAACAGUGUGUAUUUAUUAUAUACUUUAAGCUUGUAAAUAAGAAAAACUGGUUCAUUAUAAAAAAAAAAAAUCUAUUUUAAUUUAUAUGCACUUUGCAUUACCUGAAAGUGGUGGUGUCUCAUGUGUAGAGGCUCUAGGAGAGUCCUUUUUUUAUAUAAAUGUAUUACAGGUUCUUUUUAUAUAUAAAUAUAUAGAUAUAUAUAUAUGUAUAAGCAUAUAUUCGCACAAUGUUUUCCCACCAGAGAAGCAGUGAAAGAUGCAGGUAUGAAAACCCUGUAAAAUUAGUUUAUAACAUAAAAACUAAAAUUGUUUCUUAAUGAUUUCAUGGAAAAGUUAAAGAAAAAAAGGGUAAUUUGUUCCUCAUUUAUAAACUGAACAGGUUUUACUGUUAAAUCGUAAUCUUUCUUUUAGUAAAUUAAAAAUUUGCACAAAAAAAAAAAAUCUUUUUUUUCUUUAUACUUUGACAAUUGACCUUUUACAACCAGGGUUUCAUCUUACUUCGGCAAUAAGGUAAACCAGAGGAGACAUAGAGGACUAUAAAACGUAUAGGCUUGGAUAUAGAAUACAACUAAGAGUCACUAAGUCGAUGCUUAAUUUCAGAUUGCAAGCACAAAUAGCUUGAUUUUUAAAUCACUGGCUAUGGUCAGAUAGAGGCUCAACUGACAAACACAAAGCAAUCAUCUUCUUUUACACUUAACGCACUUCAUGUAAAAGUAGGCGACAGUAUUGGUAGCAUGCUACGACACACUCAGCACGAACGUGAAUUGUUCAGAGUCAACAACAAAACAUGAUAUUUAUGUAACUGAUUGUGCUAAUGUGUAAACUCUUCUGACCAAACUUGUUAGCAGCUUUGAGGUUCAAAUUUGUCAGUAUUACCGUUCUCUAUGUUCAAGCUUUUUCUUUCUUUUUUUUUUUUUUUUGGUCCUAGUUCUGUCCAAAUGGUUAGCCAGAUUUAGCACUAUCUGCAUGAGAGAUGGGGUUCUUCUUACUGUCAAUAAUGUGUUCAAGUCCCCCAGUUGUUGCAGGUGGGUUUUUCAAUGUUUCACACAAUGUAUGGUAAUAUAUUGUAUAUUGUGUUCAAAAUGAAAUCUGAAAUACUUUUUCUAUGAAGUGAUUAAAAGCGAAGCAUGAA